AUGCAAAAGGACCCACAGCUCGAAAACCUGUCCCAGACACACUCACCGCUACCGCAGAAUGCUCCUCUCAAACAGUCCCCUCCAGGGCCUUCGCCACUUGCUACCAGAAAUACGGGCCACAACAACAACAACCACGGUAGCACCCAAAAUGCAUUAUCCUCAGAGGUCACGACGGCACCUCCAGAGCCAGCAGUUCUCGAAACUGGGCCAGAAAUCAGUCAUCUUGUACCGGCAGAAUCAUCGCAUCCGUCAGCCACUGAGCUGCCGACUCGUUCUCCGGAACUGAUGGAUUCCACGCUCUUUCUCUUGCAAGAAACGCUUUGGAACACACUGGUGCAAAUGCGCAACCGUGAAAGCGUCUACGACUGCUACACGGCAGCUAAAUCCCGCUACCAAACUCAGUACACAUGUCUCCUGCAUAUCGACAAUAUCUUCAAGGUUCUCAUGGGGUACCCAGCAGAGGUUCUCUCGGCCAUGUACAUCCCGGUAAUACUGCGAUUCUUCAAAUGGUGCUUUUCUUCGGAGCAUAUUCCCCGGGAUGCGUUGAGGAGUCGAUUCAUCAUAACCACCAAGAAGGGCAUUGCAUUCCUGAAGGCAAACUGGAGCGAAUAUUGUUACAACACGGCUACCAUUUACCAAGCUUUCAAGGCUCUCAAGCUGUUGCAAGAUCUGGAAAUGAUCUUCUUCCCACAAAAGCCUGCUAUCGCAAAUCAAAACGACGAGGAAGCCGAGAACCCCAAUUGGACACCGCUCGACGAUAGCCAGCUUGAGGGUCUGAUCGCUUCUGUUAAUAAAGGCACCACCUCCAACAUGACCACCUCGUUGCCCUUCAUGUCAACAGAAUAUCUGAAUCAGGCAAACGUUGGCGUUUCAGACUAUAUGCCAUUAGACCACUCAAAUCAGUCACCGUCGAUUCCGGUAAUGCCAAAACAACAAGCAUCACAUCAAUUUUACGGUGUACAUCAGUCUCCACUCCCCUCAAACUUUACUGAAUUUCAAGAGCCAUUUGUGAUGCCGCCGCAGAUAUCACAUAAUGACGUGGACCAACAACAACGUCUGGAGCAUCUCUUUUCCCACACGCUUCCAGUCAUUUCUCAGAAGCUUAAUGCUCUAGGAGCCGCAAACGACGACCUUCGUCGGCAAAACAAUGUUUUAUCUGAGAGCCUGAGAAGUCUCAAAUACCAGUUCAUAUUUCUCAAAAACAGUGUGGAGAAAGUGUUUCCCAAAACCCCAUCACCAGCAUCACCUAGACUCGGUUCGGCCCAGUUUCAGGAAGGCAUAUCUAGCAAUAUGGUUCUGAGCCAGCCAGACCCCAUGGACACUACGAAUGUUGAGAUAGCUCCCAGCUCUAAACUGGAUCUGGAUCUUUCUCAUCACCCUGCCACAACAUACGACGCAGAGCUACCGUAUAAUUCAUCAGCGGCUGCCUUCCGCUUUGGAAAUGAGCUUAAGCCAAAUGAGCCCAUGACCGCUGAUGACGGUGCCACUAUUUUCAGUGGUGAAGGAAGAUCGAUCACAUCACCAGUGCCACCAGUAGCCGUCAUGAUGGCAAGCGGAACGUCUGGCAGCCCAAAUACGGGAGGUGGCAAUAGACUAGCGAUCAAUAAGCCCCGAAAUAAAUUUCGAGAGUUUAUGGGGACUACUUUGACGAAAGGCGAAAAGUACCAGCCUCCAAUAACAGCAGAGGGCAAGCACUAUUUUGUAGACGAAGGUGGAAAAUUAGCCAUUGUGAUGACCAGCGACCAGGACUCCAUUUACGGCAUGUAUAACGAAUACUACCAGUCUCUGCGACCGCAGAUCGAUUCAUUUGUCAACGACUUUGGUAAACGAAAUUUGGUGCACUUCCGGAAAAAGCGUACAUUCCAGAAAAAGAAGGCGUUUGUUCAAUGGGUCGAGCGUAUUUCCUACGCUAAGGGCAUGAGUCCGGAAAGCGUGCUCGACCUUAUUAACGACGUUCGACAGAAAGAGAAUAGAUCUGUAGUAUGGUCCUGCAAUAACCUGAGUAGCAUGAAAGAAGCAUUUGUGAAGCAUAGGCCCGACUUCCGCGAGAUCGCGAUGUCCGACACGGAAUAA